AUGACUAGUUAUCUGCUGGCACUUGAGAAACGAAGUCUAGAUCGGUCUGAAAGUACAUCUACGCCUGUGUUAGAUCACGAUGCCUUAUCCUCGGCACUCUCUCCACCUCCAACAUCACAUUCCAAUCCUCCCGAAACUCCUAUGCCAGAGGCCCCCGUAGUGGAACCAAUCACGAACCCACUUGUGUCACCUCAGUCAUUCUACCUGCAGGACGGCACUGGUCGCUAUCGAUUUUGUGGACCGUCUUCCACUUGGGCAUUCUCCCAGCGAGUGUUUCUGCUGUUUAAGACUGUGAUGCCGGACUACCCAUCUCCAAACCUUCCAUUUCACGUCGAUGGCAGCACAUGGGCACUAAGCUGGAACCGAACCACCCCGAGCGAUGCAUCACUGUUGGACGGCCUUCCUUCUCACGAUGACUUUCUAUAUCUACUAAGCACGAUCAAGUUCCAUUCCCAUCGGAUGCUUGUCCUUCUGGAUGAAGAUGAAUUCUUCCCUCGUUUGUCUGCAUUCUAUCGGAAGGGGAUGGAUGAGGUGAAAGAAUCCCCCCUUUGGUUUAUUCAAUACUUGCUGCUCAUUGCCUUGGCCAAGUCCUGUCUGGGGACAUCAAGCCAUUCAAGCUCGCCUCCAGGGUCAGUAUUCUUUGAGCGCGCCAUGUCCUUAAUGCCUGACUUUGUGGGGUUGCAUCGACAGCCGAAUCUUGCAAUGCAGAUCCUGUAUCUCACGGCACUGUUUCUGGUGACUGUCGACAUGAAGGAUGCUGCAUACGCGUAUGAUUCACAAAUUACAUGUGCCCUUCCGACAGCAUACGAUGAGUCGGAGAAUGUUCAGUAUAUGACCAUGCAUAUCAAACUAGCGAGGAUCGUGGGCCAUAUCCUGGAUUCCGUAUACACUACCGAGGACACUAGAAAGCGCACAUUCAUUGCAACAGUCCAAUCUGUUCUUAGAGAGUUGGCGCAAGUCUUGCAGGAGAUAGAGCAGCUCACAUCCCACGGCCAAUCUGUCCCUUUCGUCGCAGUUUCGACAAUGAAUUGCCAUUUGUAUCUGACCUACCAUCAAGGGAACGCAAUGGCCCGCUUGCGGCAAAAGGAGCUCGCGCUCCUACAACAAAUGAAAGAAGCAGUCAUCGGAAGAGAAACCGGGCGCCCAGGAGGACCUGACUUCACACCGGAUGCCUCCAGUACUAUACACGCCUUUUCCCCAUUCCAAUCGACGGGUGAAUGGGUUGGAGCCGCGGAGGAUAUUAGUGUAAACCAUGCGCAGAUACUGAGUUUGGCUCAGCAGCUGGAUGUUUUGAGCGGCAGUGACUGGGACAUCAAUUUUGGCAUUGGGGGUGACUCAUGGAUCUAA